AUGAAGCAACUCAAAGCGACCGAUGUACUGGCAUCAAAACAAGUAAUGCUGAUAGCAAGGUCCUUGAUGAAACUACUGGAAACAUUUGGGGAUGGGCACAAGGGACGCUUCUUGGAAUAUGUCAACAGCAGACUUGGCAUCUCCAAAUCAUCCUACUACUACUAUAUGGAGCACUAUGCCUUUAUGUCAAAGUAUCCGAAAUUCCAAACGCUGGCAGUGUCCUUUAGAGUGUUUAAAAGUAUGAUUCCAAAAAUCAAGGAAUGGUUUAUGUCUCAAGAGUGUCAAGCUUUGGACUCUUCUGAUUUCUACUCUGAACACUACUGGAUGAAUGUUGAUGAUGAAAUGGAUGACGACGAUAUGAAUGUUUUAAACGAACACAAUUCCACUGCGGUGGAAAACCUUCGCAACAAGUAG